AUGUUUUUCAGACCUAUCGCUUUCCUUAUCCCAUCACUAUUAAUAGUCGGUGUUCAAAGUAGCGGAAUGAGAUUGCUUGAAAAAGUUUUCCAUCAAUGUGCUAGUACCCAGGAAAUGUUUAAGUGUUUGAAAAUUCAAGCUAUCAAAAUUGUAUAUAGAGCUGUUAUGAUGAAAAAGUUGGAUUUAUUUGAUGGUGUUAGCUUUGUGGCAAACAAAAAUAUUGUAGAUGGCUUUUUCGGAAGAAAUUUUACCAAAGCUAAAUUAGCACGACUUGAAAGUCUUCAGUUGAACGAUAUUCUCAGCGAUAUAGCUAUCAGAUUUAUGGAAAGCCAUAGAUUAGAGCUAAAAAACACAAAGCCAAUAGAAGAAAGUAGGAAAAAGAAGAAUAAAGGUGGUAGCGGCAACCUCGCUCUAUAUUGGGCUCUAGCAACCAAAGCUAUCUUCUUAGCCAUUGCCUAUAAAGGUAUAGCAGUUAUGUCUGGUUUUGCUCUAGUUAUGGGAAAAAUGGCGUUAUUAUUAGCUGCAGUAAUAGGUUUAAAAAUAUUAGUUAGCGGAGGCCAGAAACAGACUACAUUGGAAAUAGUGGAACAACCUCAAUAUAGUAAAUCGCACUCACAUUCAACAUCCUAUGAAAAUGGAGGAUACAGUCAUCAUAGAUUGUACGAUAUAGCGGGGAAUGGAUCAAGAACAAUUCCCAUACCAUAUAUUUGA